UCCUCCUUUCGUCCAGUGCAUGAUCGUUAGGACUCUAGAGCGAGGUUCAUCGCGAGCCCCGAGUUCGUCCAAGUCGAAAUUACUCGAAAACUCGCAACAAAGCGAAUCGAAUGGCUAUCGCUAGAUAGGGGCGCGAGGCGUGCGCCGCAAACACUCUGGUCUCUCCACCGUCACAUCCAGCACUACCACCACUACCAGCCACCCACCGCCACCAGCACCAGCAUCGCGAGCCAUCGGCGCACCUCUACUUCGAGCCACCUCUACCACCUCGAUCAGUCGACCCCGUGCAACGCGGCUCGUCGGCCGCCGCGCGAAAACUCACCCUGCGUCUGCUUGCGUGUGCGAUAUCUCGUUUCUUUCCCCUGUGGUUCCGCGACGAUCCGAUCGUUCCACCGAUCCUGAUACAUACGUUCUCCUAGCGUUGAAAUACGAAAUCGCGACAACUCCGUAGCGGGGUCCAACCCCUGGCCAGUUACCAGGCCCCGAAACGACCGAAGGAUAAAAACGUGAAGACUCGGUGAUUCAACGCGCGUGCGUGCGCGAGUUGGUGCGUGUGCCUCGAAAGGUCACGGUGAAUUAGAAGACGUAGAUACACGGGGAGACGGCGUGGUUAGAGAGUGGCGGCCAACAGAGAGGAUUCCGCGCAAAAGCCGGCUUCACGGCCAGUCCCCCACUCGCUAACUUGUUGAGUCUCUCUCGGGCAGGUGUGUGCCCCGGUAAAUCCCGGAACAAUGACGAACAGGCUCUCGGUUUUGCUUCUUUUGAUCCUCCACGGGUCAGGGUCGGCCAGAGCCGACGUCGCGGCACAGAGGACCAACGUGCACAACGAUCCUCUGGUGGUCGAGACCACCAGUGGCCUGGUUCGCGGAUUCUCGCGCAUGGUGGUGGACAGAGAGGUUCACAUCUUCUAUGGGAUUCCGUUCGCCAAGCCUCCGAUAGGACCUCUUCGAUUCAGGAAGCCUCUUCCUAUAGAACCCUGGCAUGGUGUGCUGAACGCCACCGUUUUACCAAACAGCUGCUACCAGGAGAGGUACGAGUACUUCCCCGGGUUCCCGGGCGAAGAGAUGUGGAACCCCAACACCAACAUCUCCGAGGACUGCCUCUACUUGAACAUCUGGGUGCCGCAGAAGCUACGUUUGCGACACAAGGGCUCCGAGCCACCCAACAACGGCGACAGGAACGGUGUGCCGUUGCUGGUUUGGAUAUACGGCGGAGGAUUCAUGAGCGGCACCGCCACUCUGGACGUCUACGACUCGGACAUCAUGGCAGCUAAUAGCAAUGUCAUAAUCGCCUCCAUGCAGUACAGGGUUGGAGCGUUUGGGUUUCUCUAUCUGAACAAGCAUUUCGCCAACAGCGAGGAGGCUCCUGGGAACAUGGGACUCUGGGACCAGGCUCUGGCCCUCAGGUGGCUACGAGACAACGCUAAGGCGUUCGGAGGAGAUCCGGAUCGCAUCACCAUCUUCGGAGAGUCCGCCGGUGGCAGCUCCGUGUCCCUUCACCUGAUCUCGCCCGUCACUCGCGGAUUGGUGCGUCGUGGGAUCCUCCAGAGCGGGACUUUGAACGCACCCUGGAGUUACAUGACCGGAGAAAGGGCAAACGAAGUGGCCAAGUCGUUGGUCGACGAUUGCGGAUGCAACUCGAGCAUGCUGCAGGAGAAUCCAGCCAGAGUGAUGGCCUGCAUGAGGUCCGUCGACGCUAAAUCCAUCUCUGUGCAACAGUGGAACAGCUACUCCGGAAUUCUUGGCUUUCCAUCCGCGCCUACCAUCGACGGGAUAUUCCUGCCCAAGGAACCGCUGGAUUUGUUAAGGGAGGCGGAUUUCAAAGAUACGGAAAUACUCAUCGGGAACAACAAGAACGAGGGAACCUAUUUUAUUUUGUACGACUUCAUCGAUUUCUUCGAGAAGGAUCAAGCGAGCUUUCUGGAACGCGACAAGUUUCUAAACAUCAUCGACACCAUCUUCAAGAACACCUCUCAGAUAGAACGAGAAGCCAUCACCUUCCAGUACACGGACUGGGAGCACGUGAAUGAUGGCUACCUGAAUCAGAAAAUGAUUGCAGACAUAGUAGGCGACUACUUCUUCAUCUGCCCGUCGAUUCACUUUGCUCAACUGUUCGCUGAUCGCGGAAUGAAAGUGUACUACUAUUUCUUCACCCAGAGAACGAGCACCAACCUGUGGGGCGAGUGGAUGGGUGUGAUACACGGCGACGAGGUGGAAUACGUGUUUGGCCAUCCUUUGAACACGUCCUUGCAAUACACCGAGAAGGAAAGAGACCUGUCCCGUAGGAUGAUACUUUACUUCUCUCAGUUCGCUUACACGGGGAAGCCGACGAGCGAGGAGUCCAAGUGGCCGCCCUAUUCGAGGGAUGAACCACAGUAUUUUAUUUUCGACGCCGAGAAGAUCGAGCUGGGCAAAGGUCCGCGCACCACGUCGUGUGCCUUCUGGAACGAGUUUCUGCCAAGGCUGAACGGAAUACCAGAUCCUGCGCCAGAGGCAUGCAACAGCGCGAUAGCCUCGAGCGUGUCAGCGGGAUCGAAGGAUCUACGCAACUCUCUGCUGAUCACGGGUCUGUCGUCGAUCUUGGUGGUUUCGAGAGUGAUUUAAACCGUAAGAUGUAAACGGAUCCGUAUCGAUCGACCCCUCCGGAAGCCGACGAUCCCAUUGUUCGAACAGCCACAAAGGAAUCGAGGGUUCGUUUCGCGGUCCGAGAUCUCGUCAAACGGUUAACACUCGCGGCUAAUCGCUGAUGGAUCGAUGGAUUCGCCGAACCCCGUCGCCGUCGAACGUUACUUUCACUCCUUAACAAAAUAAAACAGGACUACCGAUUCCCGGAUACAGACCAGACGAGGACUUAACGAGGGAUUAAACACAGGAGUUGUCGUCGUCGUCGGUUUCUCCUCUUUUCCGUGAAACGUUAACGGGACAUCCCCUGUUCAUCGUUACGACGGAACAGAUUUAAUAGAGCGAACCGUGGGAGGCCAGGAUUCGACUCGCAGGGGGGGGGUGGGGGGGGGGGAGACAGGAGGGUUAAAAGAUUGAUGAACGACGGUGACUGUAGUCGCAAAAACACGGACAGGUUAACGAGUCGGACGUCGCACGAUCCUCUCGGCACGACGCGUCGCGACGUCUCGACGGAGGAGACCCGACCUUCCUAGGGACGGGAGGAGGGCUAUAUCGAUUUUCCAGCGAGACGACAAUCGUUCCAGUGGAUUCUAGGUCUUGAACUCGAACCAGCAGACCGACGGGAACGAAUGGUUGGUUGGUUGCCUUGCGAUUACGAGAACAAUAAAUCGGGAGAAUCUAUUAACUCGUUCAAAAAGUUCCGGGGCAUGUUAAAUAAAAAACAAACUACUUGUAUAAUCAUCAAUUUACGAUUGGUCACCUUCGAAAUAAUUCCCGUUGCAUGCUACACGCUUACGCCAACGUUUUUCUCGUGCUUCAAAAUAUUCCACGGUGGUCUGGAAAGUUUGUGACAUUUUUCAAAGAAAAUCUAAUUUUUCAAUUUAAAUAUUUUAAAUUUAUUUCAACUGCUACCUCUUGCUACGUUUAAUUCCAUUUAAAUUUAAUAUUUUAAUAAGUGAACGAACGAGAUUGCGACAGCGACUAAUAAUAUUUCAGUUUUAAAUUCUCAUAAUAAGGUCUGAUUCAAUUUUGAGCGAAAUUAAUCCAUAAAUAACUUUUGUAAUUCUUUAAUUUCUUCGGUACAUAUUCGUUGUUUAUUAACGUUUUCAAAAUGUUUUUCAUAAAUCUUAAAGAGGAUUAAGCUUUACGUAAAAGUUCUCGCUAUUUUCUACAACAAAGGAGAAAUCAAAUGGAUUCUUAGUUUUUUCAUCUUCAAUUAUUUCAUAUUCUUUUGCUCAAAUCGAAUAAACACACAUCUCGCUGUUUCUUGUAAACGAGCAUGACCUGGAACUUUCUGAAUAGGCUAGCGCAUCUACAUCCGAAAGUAACGCUAGGUCGUUCGUUCGAAAUACAGUCGGAGGAGAAAUUCGAAUGAAAAUGAGGAAACUACAGGCAUUCGAUUCGAGAAUGAUAACGCGUUGCGAUCCGAUGCGAGUAAAUAAUAGAGUAUCCGUAGCGAUCGAUAGAGCGCCGAGAGGGAAACGUGCGUUUCACAACAGUUGAAGCUGGGACUCGCUCCAGGAGUCGAUACCCGCUCUUAACCACCUGUUCGUGCGAUCGAUGCCCACAUGACAAAAGUUUCAUUAGUAAAACGCAACAAGUGCCCGUUUUACAUAAGAACGUGAUCCCGAAUCCCUUGGAUUGCUUCCAGGAAGUCGACAGCGUUAGUUUUCAGACGUUUCCGGGAGCACCAACCCUUUCCAGCCGCUCGUCUACCUCGUAAUCCAUUCCCAAAUCAGCCACAAGUUACGUGCACAGAGAUUGGCGAGUUUUAAACGUCUAAGCAAAGUUGCGAAACGACUUGCCACGAGUUUCGAUCUGGAAUUGACUGACUGGGGAUUGCGGACGACCCGCCGAGCAGUGGAGUUCUUUGACAACUCGAGACUAGUUUGCGAAUUGGAGUGUGCCUAACGCGAGACAGAGGAUCCAGGAAAUGGAUUUCUUCGUCAGACUUUAGUAAUCAUCGCUUUUCUGGGCAUGCUGUGUGAUUCUUCAGAAAAGAAGAUCUCUUGGUAUGAAAUAAAAAUUCUUUUGGUUCCCUCUUGUUCGACACAUCAGCUGAAUUGAACGUAGAGGCAAUGAAACAUUCUAAAGUUUAAAGAGAACUCCAUAGAAGAAGCAGCUCAUGUCUCAUGAUAUCUAUCAGUACACAGUAAUAUGU